CCCGUAGAAAUGACGAGGAAUGUGAUGAUGAUGUAAUAUGUGUGUGACUGGUGAAGUCAGCCUGUAGUCCAAUCUCGUGCUUCUCCGUCAGGAUGGGGACCCAGGUUAAAGACGUGAUCAUUAAACCUGAUGCUCCAAACACGCUCCUCCUAGACAAGCAUGCCGACUAUAUUGCAGCCUAUGGCUCCAAGAAGGAUGACUAUGAGUACACGCUGUCAGAGUACUUGAGAAUGAGUGGCAUCUACUGGGGUCUGACAGUGAUGGAUCUGAUGGGUCAGCUGUCUCGAAUGAACCACGAGGAGAUCAUAGAGUUCAUCAAGUCCUGCCAGCAUGACUGCGGAGGCAUCAGCGCCAGCAUCGGCCACGACCCUCAUCUCCUCUACACCCUCAGUGCUGUACAGAUCCUGUCGUUGUAUGAUAGCAUUAAUGUCAUUGAUGUGGACAAAGUGGUGGACUAUGUUAAAGGACUGCAGCAG